ACCGUGUCCCCGUUUCCCAGCAGCGCCCAGGGAUGCCCCCCGGGAGCAGGAUGCCCAUGGCAGGGCUGCAGGUGGGGCCCCCAGGAGCCCCCCCGUACGGAGCAGCGACCCCGCUGAGGCCCGGCCUGCCCCAGGCCAUGAUGGAUCCGUUCAGGAAGCGCCUGCUGACCCCCCAGGCACAGCCACCCAUGGCCACCCCCAGGAGAGGGGUGAAGAGGAGGAAGAUGGCUGACAAGGUGCUGCCACAGAGGAUCCGGGAGCUGGUCCCAGAAUCCCAGGCCUACAUGGACCUCCUGGCCUUCGAGCGCAAGCUGGACCAAACCAUUGCUCGGAAGAGGAUGGAGAUCCAGGAGGCCAUCAAGAAACCCCUGACGCAAAAGCGGAAGCUCAGGAUUUACAUCUCCAACACCUUCACCCCGGCCAAGGAGGAAGGAGAGGGCGGGGAGCGUGUGGCCUCCUGGGAGCUCCGUGUGGAGGGGAAGCUGCUGGAGGAUCCCAGCAAGCAGAAGAGGAAGUUUUCCUCCUUCUUCAAGAGCCUUGUGAUCGAGCUGGACAAGGAGCUCUACGGGCCGGACAAUCACCUGGUGGAGUGGCACCGGAUGCCCACGACCCAGGAGACCGACGGCUUCCAGGUGAAGCGUCCUGGGGAUGUCAACGUGAAGUGCACCCUGCUGCUCAUGCUGGACCACCAGCCCCCCCAGUACAAGCUGGACCCACGGCUGGCUCGGCUGCUGGGGGUGCACACCCAGACCAGAGCCAGCAUCAUGCAGGCCCUGUGGCUCUACAUCAAACACAACAAACUGCAGGACAGCCACGAGAAGGAGUUCAUCAACUGCAACCGCUACUUCCGCCAGAUCUUCAACUGUGUCCGCAUGCGCUUCUCCGAGAUCCCCAUGAAGCUGGCAGGGCUCCUGCAGCACCCGGACCCCAUCAUCAUCAACCACACCAUCAGUGUGGACCCCAAUGACCAGAAGAAGACGGCCUGCUACGACAUCGACGUGGAGGUGGACGAUCCCCUCAAAGCCCAGAUGAGCAAUUUCCUGGCUUCCACCACCAACCAGCAGGAAAUUGCCUCCCUGGAUGCCAAGAUCCACGAGACCAUCGAGUCCAUCAACCAGCUGAAGACACAGAGGGAUUUCAUGCUGAGCUUCAGCAACAACCCCCAGGAUUUCAUACAGGAAUGGAUCAAAUCCCAGAGGAGGGACCUCAAGAUCAUCACGGAUGUGAUCGGGAACCCCGAGGAGGAGCGGCGGGCCGAGUUCUACCAACAGCCCUGGGCGCAGGAGGCCGUGGGCAGGCACAUCUUUGCCAAGGUCCAGCAGCGCCGGCAGGAACUGGAACAAGUGCUCGGGAUCCGCCUCACUUAAGGCGGGCGGGGCCCGGGGCCGCUCCCGCCCCGCUGCCCGAGCCGGACGGUACCGACUGGAAGCCACAGCACUUGCACAAACCCGAUGUGCCUGGAGGGAUGGGAGCCCCCCCCGGGGCUCCCCGGGCCGAGCACAGCGGGGUCCCCGCUCCCCCCAGGCCCCCGCAGCGCCUCCUCCGCUUCGCAUCGCGCCCUCCCCGCGCAGCCCCCGCGGCUCUCCCGCUCCCAGCGCCCCUCCGGGAGCCGGGGAGCGCUGCCCGGGCCCGGGGAGGAGCUGCCAGCUCCACCCCGAGCCCAGCCCGCCCCGCCCUGCCCCUCUUCAACCAAAGUUCGUCAUUCCAAACGCCAGCUCCCCCCGGCCCCCGACGUUUUGCACUAUUUUUGUGAACAGGUUUUAUAUAAAAAGAAAAACCACGAGAAAAAAAAAAAAAAAAAAA